AUGUCUGGUAGAAAGACUCGUACAACAGCCAAUGCUCCUGAGAACGCCACACUUUCAAUUAACGAACGUAUUCUGAAGGACUGCCAUAACCUCUACGUCAACGAAGAACGGGGUCUGAUUGGCAUCUCUCAGAAGUUAAACUUGAGUCUUUUGGCUCCUAGAAGGAAAAUUACCGUCCUUUUGAUUGGUAACCAUUCUGCUGGGAAGAGUUCAUUCAUAAACUGGUAUGUGGAGGAGCACGUUCAAAGGACAGGAGUUGCUAUUGAGACGCAAGGCUUUACAUUCGUUACAAGUGGAAGGAAACGAGAAUCACUUACGGGAAAUGCUACUCUUCACUUGUAUCCACACUUUGAGCCUUUGAGACGUCUGGAUGGUGUCGUGGACUACCUGACUACAGAGAUAUCGACUUCCAAGCAGAAGAAGUUCAGUUUAGUGACAUUUGUAGAUACACCUGGGUUGGUUGAUGGAGACAUGGUGUACCCAUUUAAUGUGGAUGAAUCAAUCAAGUGGCUUGGUGAUCUGGCUGAUCUUAUAUUCGUAUUCUUUGAUCCCAUGGGUCAAGCCUUAUGCAAACGAACUCUGAACAUUGUGGAGGCAUUAAAUCAGACGCAUUCUGAGAGAAUUAAAUUUUACUUAACGAAGGCUGAUACUGCUGGAUCAGACAGUGAUCGGCAAAGGGUAAUGAUGCAGAUUGUUCAAGAACUAUGCAAACGGCCUGGGCUCAACAAGGCAGCUUUUGAUAUGCCCGCAAUAUUUAUUCCCUCUCUGACAGCUAAGAGCCCAAGAUGUGAAAAUCAGAUUAAUGAGGCUGCUAGGGAAGUGUCUAAGUCGAUUGACCAGAUGAUCCAGAGUACUCUAAACACAUUAGAAAAGGACUGUGAGUCAAUUUCUUCAACGGUAGACGUGAAACUAGAGAAAGACAGGGUGGAUAGAGCAUACAAUUUGAGAGCUCGUAGUAAAGGACUGCUGUUCUUUGGACUUAGUCUUCUAUUUCCCAUGUUGCUAUUUUUCAACUUAUUCGUGAAAGCAGGUGGUGGAUCAUUUCUUCAGUCUGUGCUUGGGGAUCAACUAGCCAAUGUGACCAUCUCGUAUGUGACUCUGAUGUUCAGUGCCAUACCAGAUGAUUCCUACAUGUAUGCAAUUGUGGCUCAUGCUGUUGUCUGCCUCAUACUGUUGACUAUUGCAAGAUAUGUCUCUCGAACUCGUUCGACAUUAUCACGAGGGGAGAGGAGAGCAUUAGGUGAGAUUCGAACGUAUGUUCAAGAUUCUGUGAAGACUCGGAAGGCACAGCUGUACAAGGAGUACCUACAGCAGAGUGUGGGCUCAGACUUCUUGUCAUGAGAACGUGAAUCUGAAUGAUUGGAUGAGUGAAUUCUAAAGUAGACCAAACUAAGACCGAAUGUCUUUACAAUUGCAUGAAGCAAGCAAUUAUUGUGUCUAUAACACAUAUUUUGUUAGCAAUCAAUUUAAAAUAGUGCGUUCACACUGACGGUCAAGUAGUCUUAUUUCUUCCUUUAGUGAUGAAGUCUCCUUUAAACUCUGGCUGUACAUUGAGGAUAUUUAUUUGAACUUCCUAUUUAUUUCGUCUUUAGAACACCCGUCAAGGGACUUUGCUAAGUGCCAUCAUUUUCGUCCUUAUCUUCAAUUGUCCGCUUGAGUCAAGGCUGCUUCAGUGUGAACGCACCUAAAGCUCUCGCAC